GUGCUGAGCUCAAUGUUGAGUCUUUUUUAACGUUUCCAACUUUUUCCAGUACCAUCAUCUCAUUCUCAUCUCUCUCUCUCAGAUCUGGUGUUCUUGCGUGCUUUCAUAUCUACCCAUCUCUCUCUCAUCAUUUUUCUCUCUCUACACCUCUCCCACCAAUCAAUGGCAGAUCCCUACUCGAAUUACUUCAAUAACAACAAUGGAAAUGGAGGAUUUAACAAUAAUAAUAAUAAUAAUAAUAAUAAGUGGUUGAAUUACCUCAACCCUAGGAACCAUUUCUUCAACCCCUCAUCAUCAAUUCCUCCUCCUUCUGCUUCUUCAACGGUAUCAUCUCCUUAUUACAACUUCAACUUCUACAAUUCCACCACCACCACCAACAAUUAUUACUACUAUGGAUCUUCUUGUUCUUCUUCGCCGCCACGUUCGCCGCCGCUGAGGGAGGCUCUCCCGCUCAUCAGUCUGAAACCGACAUCAAUGGCUUCUUCUUCUUCUUCCGCCGCCGCCGCCGCCGAGGAAGAACCACCUUCAUCAUCGUACAGCGGAUGUAUGGAUUUGGACAUGAACGUGAAAAACAAUUACGAACAACAAGAGGAAGAAGAUCUGAAUUUAGGGCUGUCUCCUCCUGUUAAUUGUUGUAGUACUCUGAGUACCACUACUACUACUACUGACCUGAUUUCGAGGCGGCGGCGGGUGGUGAAUUACGACGACGACGGCAGUACUGAAAACAAUUGUAAAGAAGAAGUAACUGUAGCUGCUGCAACCCCACUGAAUAAAGGGCAGUACUGGAUCCCAACUCCGGCCCAGAUUCUGAUCGGCCCUACCCAGUUUUCUUGCCCUCUUUGCUUCAAGACCUUCAGCAGAUACAACAACAUGCAGAUGCACAUGUGGGGGCACGGAUCCCAAUACCGAAAAGGGCCGGAAUCUCUACGAGGCACGCAGCCAACGGCGAUGCUGAGGCUUCCAUGCUACUGUUGUGCACCCGGGUGUAGGAAUCACAUCGACCACCCGAGAUCCAAACCCCUCAAAGAUUUCCGGACCCUACAAACCCACUACAAACGAAAACACGGAAUAAAGCCAUUCAUGUGCCGAAAAUGCGGCAAAGCAUUUGCCGUAAGGGGCGAUUGGAGAACGCACGAAAAGAAUUGCGGGAAGUUAUGGUACUGCGCAUGCGGCUCCGAUUUCAAGCACAAGAGAUCUCUCAAGGACCAUAUCAAAGCCUUCGGGAAUGGGCACGGCGCUUACGGUGUCGAUUGUUUCGAAGAGGAGGAGGAAGAAGAAGAAGAAGCUGCUUCCGAGAUUGAGCAAGAUAAUAACGAUCCGUAUAGUUCUCGCGAGUAGUACUAGUACUUUUAUGGAAACACGUGAGAUGACGGUUUAUUUUAUGCUACACCUGCAUUUGUCGUACGUGCGGGUAUAUAUAUUAUAUAUUAUUAUUUUAUAUAUAUGUUUAUCAUUCGUUCACACACGGAACUGUGUGUAUCCGUGUGUGAACGAAUGGUGGAUGUUUGUGUGGUGUAUAUUUCACCGAGUGUAGUCAUAAUUUUUGGAAAUGUGGAGGGAUGAGAGAAAUUAGCAUAAUUAUUCCUUCUAUUUUUUUUUUUUUUUUUUUUUGUUAUGCUAUAAAUAUCCCUUGGAUAACUAUUUAAUUAAAUUAUUAUUAGUAGUCCUAUGAAAUGCUUCGUUUCUCUUUCUAUUUUAUGUUUACAGUUUCGU